AUGAGGGUUAGCAUCACUUGCAGUUUGGUUAUUUUGGCUGUAUGUUACUUUGCUACGUACUCCAUUGGUGAGGAGUGCUGUUCUAGAUGCUGCAAUCAGUGUCAGGCCGGUUGUAACUCAAUGGCAGAUAAAUCCCCUGUGAAGACUACAUAUAUAAGAUGGGGAAGAACAUCAUGCCCAGAUGGAGCAGCCUUUGUUUAUACAGGUAUAGCUGGGGGCUCCUAUUACACAGAAACAGGAGGUGGUUCCAACUACCAAUGCCUCCCUACAACCCCACAGUGGGGAAGGUACACAGCAAAAAGUACACAUUCUGCUUUAAUGUAUGGAGCUGAAUAUCAGGUUGGAACAGCCAGUGGACAUUCGAACCCUUUUGAUGGUGACAAUGCACCCACCCCUGGAGACAGAGAAUCACUUUCCGAAAGAGAUGUACCAUGUGCUGUUUGUUCAGUGCCUCGCUCAACAUCUAUCAUGAUCCCAGCUUGGAAGACAUGUCCAGAUGCAUGGCAUUUCGAAUACACUGGUUACCUUGUAUCAGAGCAUCCAAAACACAGCAGAAGGACAUUUGAAUGCAUGGAUGCAGCACCAGAGGCAGUACCAGGUAGUGGGGCUAAUAAGAAUGGUGCCUUGUUUUAUGCUGUGGAAGCAUCUUGUGGGUCCUUACCUUGUCCAAACUACAAAGAUGGGGCAGAGUUGACGUGUGUGGUCUGCACAUCUUAAACAUAUGAUAUACAAUGUAUGCAAUCCAAAGUGAAUAAAAUAAUUAUCACUAUAAAUAUGGUGCAUUGUUAAGUGGCCGUUUU